AUGACACCAACAGUUACAGUAACAACAACAACAACAAAAGAGAUGGUUUUGUCAACGACAGAAACAAUAUCAAAUUGUUUGGAAUCAAAUCUAAUCACAUUUGAAAAUGCAUCAACCUAUUCCAAGAUCUCAAAUGGUUAUCAUGGUUUAAAAUGGACGAAUGCUUAUGUACUUGAUACACAACUAUAUCCACAAUGGUCCGACAGUGGCUUUUAUUCGGCUGUAAAAUCGGGUACUUGGGUUGCAUUCAACAUGAAUGGCGAACGAAUGACAAUCGCUAUAGAUAUGCCAAAUAAAUUUAGUAUAAAAUCAUUUGUUGCCUCAUCUGCAUGGAAUGAUAGUGUAACAUUAUCGAUGGUUUCACAACGUGCAUCAACGUAUUAUAAAGAAGCAUCAUUUAAAAUUGAAAAAAAUCGUUCAACUAUGAUUGAAUUAAAUUGGUUCGAUAUUAAUACAAUUACAUUCUAUGCAUCAACUAAUAAUGGUCAACAUAUAGAAGUUUUUGUCAUUGAUGAUUUAUGUUUGGAUUCAACCGCGCUUUCAACAUCAACAUCAGCUGAAAUUAAAAAUAAAUGUUCAUUGAACGAAAUAUUAUAUCAAGCUCAUUGUUACUACUUGGAUGGUGUAGGAGGAGAAUGUCCAUACGGUUAUAGUCUUGGAUCAGAAACAGUCUUAUCUCUUAUAGCUGAUUCAUUUAUUGGUUUAAAUUAUAAAACAGCAAUUUCGGAUAACUGUUGCGUUGUAACAUCUGAAAAAUACUCAAAUUAUGGAAUUAAUUCAGUGGAUCAAUGCAAUAAACAAGGACCAUUCACAGUUGUGCCCAGCCACAAUGGUGGUGGAUGUAGAAAUAAUACAACUAAGUAUCGAAGACAAUUAACAUUUUGUAUGAGCAAUUAA